UCGACUUAUAUAAUUACAUUGUUAUGUUUCCCAGUUGAAAACAAAUUAAUGGAAACUUCUGGAAAUGUAAUUGCAGCGAGUCAAAGGCCAGAUGGUACUUGGCGCAAAGAACGUAAAGUAAAAGUUGGCUUUGUUCCACAAGAUGAAAUUCAAAAGUAUGAAAGUCGCACAAAAAAAUUUUUUUCUGAAAAGCCUGAAUAUCCUCCAGGAUAUAAUGCUGUAUCUGAGAAACCUUUAUCAAAGAAUCAGAAAAAAAAUGAGCGUAAAAAACAAAAGCGAGAAGUACAACAUAGCGCAAAAGAUUCCCUAACACCACCAAUCAUAGCAGAAAUAACCAAAACAGUGAAUGAACUAAGUUUAGAAAAAAAACCUAAUGACUCUAAAGUAAUUGAAACAGUUGAUCGAACAAAAAAAAUAAAAGCUCUUAAUAAGAAGAUUAAACAAAUUGAACAAUUGGAAGAGAAACUUAAAAAAGGCGAAGUGUUGGAAGAUCUGCAAUUAGAAAAAAUUUCGAAAAAGAAAAAAUUAGAAGAAGAGUUAAAACAGUUACAACAAUUGUUGUAACCACAACAAUUGUUACAAAAGAUACAGUGAAAACAUUUUUUUUUUUGAAUGUCAUUUGUUUUUGUUUUUUGUGUGCGUGUUUCGAAAAAGGUUUUAAAAAUAUUUUCGAAA